AUGAUGCCUAAGAGACAAGCGGAGUUGUCGCUGGAGGAUGGCAUUCCUGCGGGCUCUCCUGUCUCAAAGAAAGCCCGCGUGGAGGAUGAGCCUGCGGAGCAAGAAGACGCGUGGCAUGGCGCCGUACCGCUACGCCGGGCCAGUGGGCAAGAGAUGGAACAGCACGAGCACAAAGGAGAGGACAUCCUGGCCGCUGCAGACCUGGAGCAAGAGGAACUGAAUGAGGCGGCGCUGAAUGAGAAGAGUACAGAAUCCUCCGACACUAUCGACGACGACGACGCUGACAACCUACCGGCAAUGACUGUUCCAAAACGUCAGACCAAGCCGAUGGAGGGUUACAGCGACCUAUACCUUGAUACGAUCAAUCGCGAAAUUCUCGACUUUGAUUUCGAGAAGCUGUGUUCGGUCAGUCUCUCUAAUAUCAAUGUAUAUGCCUGUCUCGUGUGCGGCAAAUACUUCCAAGGCAGAGGCCCCAACUCGCAUGCAUACUUCCAUGCUCUGGAAGUCGGGCACCAUGUAUUCAUCAACAUGGGCACGAAGAAGGUCUACGUUCUCCCGGAGGGAUAUGAGGUCCAGAACAAGAGCUUGGACGACAUUAAGUAUGUGGUCGAUCCAUACUAUUCCAAGGAUGAAGUGUCGAAGCUGGAUAAAGAGGUCCACGACGCCUUUGAUCUGGCAGGGCAACGAUACAGACCAGGCUUUGUGGGCAUGAACAAUAUCAAGGCAAAUGAUUAUCUCAACGUCGUAGUCCAGCUCUUGGCUCAUGUCUUCCCGAUUCGCAAUUAUUUCCUGCUCCAUGAUUUUCAAGCGCCUGGAACGCCACAACUGGUUCAGCGCUUCAGCACGCUUGUGCGGAAGCUGUGGAAUCCAAAGGCUUUUCGAUCCCAUGUGUCGCCUCAUGAGUUGCUACAGGAGAUUGCCCUUCGAUCAUCGAAGCGUUUUACGCUCACUCAGCAGUCUGAUCCCGUAGAAUUUCUAUCGUGGUUCUUAAACAACCUCCACUUGUCCCUCGGAGGAUCCAAGAAGCCGUCCAAGACCCCGACGAGUGUAAUCCAUGCCGCUUUUCAGGGCCACUUGAAGAUCGAAAGCCAAGCGAUCACCGCCCAUUCCGAUACACAAAAUGCGCGCUUGGUAUUCACCGAAUCCGGCUCCAUCAACGGCCAAACCAUCCCGUUCCUCAUCCUUACUCUUGACUUGCCUCCCACUCCCCUCUUUCAAUCCGCCAAUCGUGAAUCAAUCAUCCCUCAGGUUCCGUUGACAACCCUCCUGAACAAGUAUAACGGGAUCACCGCCUCGGAGAAACUGGCUCAUCGAGUCCGACACCGUCUCCUCCAUCCACUUCCCCCCUAUCUCUUUUUCCACAUCAAACGCUUCAGUCAGAACCGGUUUGUCUCGGAAAGGAACCCGACGAUCGUAACCUUCCCAUCGCCUCGCUCCCUAGACAUGUCUCCCUACGUGGAACCCAAUCCUGAAAUCUGGCCACCAGGCGAGCCAAUCCUUUAUGACCUCGUCGCCAAUAUCAUUCUCGACCCCUCAGUGGCCGCCUCCGGGGCCGCCGAAGAUGCAGCAGCGGACCGGGGUGUCAACGCCGCAGGUGGGGGCUCGUCUACCGGAGCCGGCGCAGCUAGCGAGAAGGUUGCGUGGCUCGUCCAAGUUCAGGACAAAGCGAUGGUGGCGGAAAAUGCACGACACCAGAAGGAACACGCCGGAGAGCAACAGGGCCCAGAAUGGUUGGAGAUCCAAGAUCUGUUUGUGAAACGAGCCGAGAGUGAAACCUUGUUUACGAGGGAAGGAUAUCUAAUGGUUUGGGAACGCCGAAAGAUUCCUGGCAUGACGAAUCAAAAGGGGAAGAAUCCCAAGUAG